GGAUCCGACUUCAACGCAAAACUGCUGUCUUCGUAUUUGGGAUGCUCAAAUUUUUUCCCUACUGUCCUAAUUAGUUAAUCAUCCUUUUGGAUCAUCGUACAACUAUUAACUACCCUUCACCAGAAUUUCAACCAACACAAAGCAAGAGAAACAAAGAGAGCACAGACACUAAGUUCGUUUCAAGGGAAGGAGGAGGAGGCCUAGCUAGUUCCCCACCAGAAACGACAGUUUUCCUCUCUCUUUUUCUUGCCGGAGUCCUAAUUGUUGCCCUGCACCAGGGAAAUGCCAAGCUUAAGGACCUGAAACCUGGUUUGAGUCGCAUAGUAUAAUGGAAUCUGAUUCAGAUGUUGAUUUUGCUAGCGUACAUGGAGGUGCUUCUGAUCAGAAGUACUUAUUCCGUCCUAAAGCAGGACUACGCAUUCCUUGUUCAGCGGUAGAGAAGCCAACUCCAGGAUCCUGGUCUGAAAUCUCGCCUUCAGUCUUUAAGCUCCGCGGGGUGAACUAUUUCAAAGACAAACAGAAGUACCCUGCUCCAAACUACAGCUCAUAUGUACCAAUUGGUAUUGAUUUGUUUAUCUGCCCAAGGAAGAGAGAUCACAUUGCUCAGCAUCUUGAGCUUCCUUCUGUAGAACCACAUGACAAAGUUCCUUCCCUCCUUAUUGUUAAUAUACAGUUUCCUACAUAUCCUAUUACAAUGUUCCCUAGUGAAUGUGAUGGUGAAGGCAUGAGUCUUGUAUUAUACUUUAAAGUCAGUGAAAAUUUUGACAAAGACAUCUCUCCUCAGUUUCAAGAAUUCAUCAAGAGAUUUGUUGAGGAUGAUACCGAAAUGGUUAAGGGGUUCACAAAGGAGUCGUCGGUUCCUUUCAGGGAAAGGCUAAAAAUUAUGGCUGGAUUGGUUAAUCCAGACGAGGUCCAACUGAGUUCUGCUGAGAAGAAGCUUUUAAGUGCUUAUAAUGAUAAACCAGUGCUUUCGCGCCCUCAACACAAUUUCUUCAGGGGACCUAAUUAUUUUGAGAUUGACCUAGACAUACACACGUUCAGCUACAUCUCCAGGAAAGGGCUUGAAUCAUCCCGAGACAGAUUGAAGAAUGGGGUAUUUAAUUUGGGAUUAACAAUCCAGGCACAAAAACAAGAAGAAUUACCGGAGCAAGUCUUGUGUUGUAUGCGCUUGAAUAAGAUUGAUUUUGUAAACCAUGGUCAAAUACCUACUCUUGUUACCAUGGAUGACUCACUUGGACCAGCACCUGUGGCGUCCUGAAGGGUUUGCAAUAAUUUAUUAGUUCCAGCGAGAAAUUGAUCAGAAGAUGUAUUUUUUUUGUUUUUGUUUUUGUUUUUUUUUUGGUAAACAUUAGAUCGUUACUACCCAUUCAAUGGUGCAAAGGACUGAAUAAAGAAAAAUGAGAAGCAAAUGGAAUAUUAUUUUGCAAAAUGGCAUCAAAAUCUUGUACAUAUUGUACCCGUUAUGCUUUAUUACAAUUCAUUUGCCAA